GCUCUGGUACUGUUAGAAAACCUAAGAGAGAGAGAGAAGAAAAGCUAAGAGAGAGAACAAGAGAGAGCUUGUUGAUUUUCAAGGACUAUGGAGUAUACAAGUCUGGUUGACACUUCAUUGGAUCUUAAUUCCAAUCCUCUCCGACUUCUCGAUGAAGCUCCGAAACGUGAUGUCCAAAGCAAUUUCAUUGAGUUGGGAACGAAGCUACCAGUGAAAGAAGAGACUGGUGCUAUGGUAGAGGAAUUGAAUCGGGUGAGUGCCGAGAACAAGAAGCUCACAGAAAUGUUAACAGUGAUGUGUCAGAAUUACGACGCCUUGCGAAAUCGUUUGAAGGAAUAUGUGAUUAAGAAUCCCGGAACUGAUCAGACCACCACUGCAUCGAGGAAGAGAAAAGCUGAAAGCACCACCCAAAAUAACAACAAUAAUGGUCAUAAUAUUGAUGCAACUAAUGGAAAUUCGGAGAGUAGCUCAAGUGAAGAAGAUUGGUCCAAGAAACCAAAGGAAGAACACAUCAAAGCUACUAUUUCAAGGGUCUAUGUGCGAACCGAAGCAUCAGAUACAAGCCUUAUAGUGAAGGAUGGAUAUCAAUGGAGGAAGUAUGGUCAAAAGGUCACCAGAGACAACCCUUUUCCUAGAGCUUACUUCAAAUGCUCUUUUGCGCCUAGCUGCCCUGUGAAAAAGAAGGUUCAAAGAAGUGUUGAAGAUCAGUCUGUAUUGGUUGCAACCUAUGAAGGGGAGCAUAACCAUUCACACCCUUCAAAACCCGACGCCAAUUCGGCCUCCAACCGAUGUAUGACACUUGGUUCAGUCCCUUGUUCGGCUUCUCUCUGCUCGUCUGGACCCACGAUAACUCUUGAUCUAACAAAACCCAGAUCCAGUGAUGAUGAUGCAAAAGAGUCUAACCGCAGAAUUGAAUCACCACCAUUUCCACAGUUCUUGGUAGAACAAAUGGCCUCUUCACUGACGAAAGAUCCUAGUUUCAAAGCUGCUCUCGCGGCUGCCAUUUCAGGAAGAAUUGUCCAGAAUAAUUAGACAGAAAAUUGGUGAGAACGAAUCGACAACUUGAAAUUGAACUAAAGCCAUUCGUGAACAAAAGGGUACACUUUAAAGUGUGGUUGCGUUGAGCUUAUUAAACCAGACCCAAACACAAGCUCGCCCCACCCAGAUGGGCAUAGUUGGC